CCCUAAAUCAUCUCCUUCUGGUCCUCGUCCUUCACAAACACACACACACACACACACACACACACACACAUAUUGAUUUACAUAUGGCUGAGCCCAACCAUCCACCAAUGUGCCCCAAAUAAACCAAACUCGGCGACUAUUAGCACUACAUUUUGACCCUAAUUCACCUAUAGUAGUGAACCCACUUGACCCUAUAUUGUCACAUUCUAUCCCUACAAGCACAAGUGAAAAUCCAUCUCCAAAAUAUCAUCCUCCUCAACAAUAUUGUAAGCCCACCAGCAUGGCCACAACUUCAUCUAGCUCCAAAAGGCACCCAAUGUAUCGUGGAAUCCGGAGCCGCAGUGGCAAAUGGGUGUCCGAAAUCCGGGAGCCACGAAAAACCACUCGUAUUUGGCUUGGCACAUUCCCAAAGCCGGAGAUGGCAGCAGCCGCCUAUGAUGUGGCUGUCCUAGCCCUAAAAGGUGCUGAUGCAGUUCUUAACUUCCCGAGUUCUGUUGGGACUUAUCCUGUUCCAGCAUCAACAUCACCCACUGAUAUUCGUAAUGCAGCUAAUGCUGCUGCUGCAUUAAAAAAGGCUGAAAUGAGCUACAAUGAAGCAUUAGUUGAACAACCUAGGAAUGACUGUGCCGUUGGUACCUUUUUGGCAUCAGGUGGAGAAGAAUUUGUCGAUGAGGAGGCACUGUUUGAUAUGCCAAAUUUGCUGGUGGACAUGGCAGGAGGAAUGCUGCUUUCGCCACCAAGAAUAACCCCAUCGCCAUCUGAUGACUCACAGGGAACUUCUGAUGGAGAAAGUCUGUGGAGCUAUUCUUAACAUUAAUUCUCCUUACUACAAAUCUUUACAACUUCAUCAAUGGAUUAAUUAACAACAUAAAGAAAGAAACAAGAGGGGUGUGGCGGUCAUUACUGUGACUUUUUUUGGGUACUAUUUUGCCUGUCCUGAGGUAUAAGCCAAGCAAUAAAAAUGAUGGAGGUUUGGAUGUGAAACGAAAACAGGAUAAAAGAUUCAUCAAACAGUACCAGUGAUCACAUUAUACGUAGUGUGUUUUUGAAUUUUGAGAUAGAGAAUAGUGAGUUUGAGUUGCAUUUCUUUUGAUCAUGUGAACGCCGCAUUGUAUAAUAGUUUAGCUAGCUUGUAAAUAUUUUUUGGCUUUGUUUUUAAUAUUCUCUUGUGUUCACUAA